AUGAUGAGCAUCGUGAGCGUAGACGCAGUUCCGGCACACUUGAUGGACAAGGCGGCUGUCGACCAGAACUACGACUUUCUGCCCUCCUUCUCCGAGGACGCCGGCGCCUUCGGGAGGCAGCUGCUCGAGGCGCGCAAGCACCGCUUCGAGAAGCUUCGGCGCCUGAUGUACACCGACCCGGAGAAAAUAAAGCGUCGCAGCGAGCUAUCGCUGCCCAUCCUGGCUGUGAACGCCUUCUACAUGCCCGUCUUCCACGUCAUUUUCGUUACUGGCGCCAUAAUGCAGUCGCCGUUUGCCGUGGGCACGGAUGAACCGGCCAUCAAUUACGGCAGCCUGGGACGUAUCAUCGGGCACGAGCUGUCGCAUGCGUUCCAAGAGAGCACCUCGUCCCUCGACGAGCACGUGCAACCGCUCACGCUGUACAGCCCGUCGUCGCACAAGGAGUUCCUCGGCCGUCUCGCCUGCCUCACCAAACAGGUCAACGACGGUUCAGGCAGCCAGACUUUGGGCAACAACUCCAUCUCGGAGACGUUCGCCGACAACGCCGGCAUCCAGAAGGCUUACCUGGCCUUCAAAGCGCGGCUGCAGUCCGAUCCACUGCUGAACGUCAAGCCGUCCAACCAGCUGGGUUACACGGCGCAGCAGCUGUUCUUCGUCAGCGGCUGCUUCGUGUUCUGCGCCUUCCAGGGCUACGCGUUCGACCACAACACUGUGUACCCGCCGCCGUUCCUGCGUUGCAAUAUGCCCGCUAUGAACACGCGCGACUUCGGAGCCGCCUUCAGCUGCGCCCAGGGCGCGCCCAUGAACCCUAUCAUUAGAUGCAACUUCCACUAA